UAUUAACGAUUCCAUAGUUAAUGUCUUGUUGCCUCCUAUGCAGUCUAUGGCCUCACCAAAUGAACCUAUGGCACAACGUUUGUUUAUUGUUUUGGCUGGAAGUGUGCCUGUAUCCAUACUAAAAAAUGUAUUUAGUUGCUGGAAAGGAUUGAUUAAUAUCUAUAUGCUGCCUAAUAAGAACUGUGGAUACGUUAAGUAUGCUGACAAGGACAGCGCUCAACAAGCCAUACAGGUCCUUCACGGUGCAGAAAUUUGCGGAGUUAAACUUAAAGUUUUAGAAGCUGAAGAACACAACUAUGGUGAUGAGGCCAAUAGAAAACGUUUACGUAGCAACUGAAUAUCGCAAUCUCGUGAUGGAGGCCGUGGUGUUGGUAAAGAUUAUUCGAAUGACGAUGAUCCUCCAAUGUCAAGACUAUUCAUAAUAUGUAAUAAAUCGCACAAUGAGGACGAUUUCCGUGAGGCGUUUUCCCAAUUUGGAGAAAUUGAAGAUAUUUGGAUUGUUAAAAAUAAACAUACGCAUGAAAAUAAAGGCAUUGCUUAUAUUAAAUUUGCGAAAACAUCAGAUGCAGCUAAAGCCCAAGAGGAAAUGAAUGGAAAAACAAUUGGAAAUAUUGAUCGAACACUGAAAGUUUUAGUUGCAGCGAAUCGCAACCAAGGUUCGAAUAAAUCUGAUAAUGAGCAUGAGAAAUACGUACGUUUGUUUAUUGUAUGCUCAAAGCAAGCAACUGAGGAGGAAUUGCGUGAUGAAUUCAGUAAAUAUGGUGAUGUUGAACGAAUUACCAUUGUGAAAGAUAAAGCAACUGGAAACCCCAAAGGUUUUGGUUAUGUGCGAUACUCAAAGUUUUAUCACGCUGCUCUAGCUUUUGAAAAUUGUUCACCCAAAUACAAAGCAGUUUUUGCAGAGCCAAAAGGUUCACCACGCACACAACGGGACAACCAUGGUAGAUCAAAUGAUGACAAUUCAGGGUUUACCAGUAAUAGUAGAAAUAAUAAUAAUUUUAAUAAUGGCAGUAAUUACAACAAUGAUUGGAAAUUUAAUUGUUCGAGUAAUAAUGAAAUGUCACAAUUUCUUCGUAUGCAGAGCUUACCUGCAUCUCAACCAACAUGUUUGGAGGUUAUUGCCAGCAAUCUUGUUAAUCAGGAUCAAUUAUGGCGUUUAUUUGAUAUAAUACCUGGUUUGGAUUAUUGUCGAAUUACUAGGGAAUAUGGCCCUAGAACAAACGAGGUUACGGUUGCCUACGAUAAUCCAGAAGCAGCUGCUUAUGCCAAGAAUAAAUUGCAUGGAUUAGAAUUUCCGAUUGGCGAGCGAAUUAUUGUCAAAUUAGCUGGAAUGAAUAACACACGUAUGGAUUCGUCGUUAAUAGACCGAAGUGCAAAUAACGAUUCUAUAGUCAAUGUAUCAUUGCCUCCUAUGCAACCCAUGGCCUCACCGGAUGAACCUGUGGCGCAACGUUUAUUUAUCGUUUUGGCAGGAAACGUACCUCUAUCAAUACUCAAAAAUGUAUUUAGUUGUUGGAAAGGAUUGAUUGAUGUCUAUUUGUUGCGUAAUAAGAACUGUGGAUACGUUAAGUAUGCUGAAAAGGACAGUGCACAAAAAGCUAUACAAGUCCUUCACGGUGCAGAAAUUUGCGGAACAAAACUUAAAGUUAUGGAAGCUGAAGAGCGCAACGUUGGAGACGGCAACAGUAGAAAGCGUUUACAUAGCAAUUGAAUACAAUACCUACAAAUUUAAUACGAAAUUAAUAGUAAAGAGACUUACUGAGCACACUUAAUCGCACUUCAAAUAUUGAUAAAAUCAAUGUAAAAAUCUGACGAACCCUUAAGGUAAAAUAUGCUACAUAUGGACAAGACUAAAACCAAAACGAAAUAAACGGAGACGACGGAAUCGAAAAUAUCAAUUGAAAUCAACGUUUUUCUACAAGAAAGGAACAAAGUAGAGAACGAUUUGAGCUAACUUAGUAUGGAAUUUACUGAAAUAAUGAUUUACAACUCAACAAACACUGAAUGAAAGAACAAACUACUUACUUAAGACUUUUACUUUUAAUACUUAAUUCAUUUCAUAAAUAAUUAUGUCUGUAUUUAAAGAUUCAUUUUGGGAUUUGCAUGUGGUUCGUUUUUUUAACCAUUAAAAGUACUUCAUAAUACUCAGA